AUCCUUUUUGGUGUCAUGGUGAUGGCAGGCGGCGCUUGCUCGGGCGUCCAAGAAAAGGAAAGGGGGUGGAGGCGCUAGCUGCUCGUUACCCAGUUAGAAGCCUGCGUACGCUCGGAAGGCGGGCGCUUGCUGUCGUUGCUGGGCUAAGGAGGAAUACCAAAUAGCCGGCAGAGACGGGUCAGGUCGAAGUGCUCCGGAAAGUGGGGAGGCGGCGCAAUGUCCCCAGCCACCUAAUAUGCCAGAGGGACGGUCGUGUGGAGGACAAGGAGGCGGUAGCAGUAGCUGCUGCUCCCGCCCCCAGUAGACUGGCAGCGAGGAGCGGGUGGACCGUUGUGACAGUUGCGAGCGCCUUCCCCGUCCUCCGCCCCCGGUGUUUGUCUGUGUGAGUCUCCCACGCGCCACCAGACAGUUGCUCGGCUGGUUAGUCCAGAGACCUGCCGGCGCUGCCGGUAUUGCCAUUGCUUGGCGUGUCCGUGCGCACACGCGCUCCCCCCCCCCAGUCCUUCCUUCCCUCUCUCACUCACUUACCAACCUACCCACCAGAGCCAUGCGGCUAUGCGGGGCGCUUCUGAAGAGCCCCAUCCCCAAACAGAUCGAGUACUACUCUCGCUUUUCCCCGUCGCCGCUCUCGAUCAAGCAGUUCCUAGACUUCGGACGUGAUAAUGCAUGUGAGAAAACAUCCUAUAUGUUUCUGCGGAAAGAACUUCCUGUGCGGCUUGCUAACACUAUGAGAGAAGUCAAUUUGUUGCCUGACAACUUGCUGAAUAGACCUUCAGUUAAGCUAGUCCAAAGUUGGUAUAUGCAGAGUUUUCUUGAACUUUUAGAAUAUGAAAAUAAAAGUCCUGAAGAUCCACAUAUCCUAGAUAACUUUUUAGAUGUCUUAAUUAAAGUCAGGAACAGACACAAUGAUGUUGUUCCUACCAUGGCUCAAGGAGUGAUUGAAUACAAGGAAAAAUACGGCUUUGACCCUUUUGUGAGCAGUAACAUCCAAUAUUUUCUAGAUAGGUUUUACACCAACCGCAUCUCGUUCCGCAUGCUGAUUAAUCAGCACACACUGCUUUUUGGUGGGGUAACUAAUCCUGCUCAUCCCAAACAUAUUGGAAGCAUUGAUCCUACUUGUAAUGUGGCUGAUGUAGUAGAAGAUGCCUUUGCAACUGCUAAGAUGUUGUGUGAACAGUAUUAUCAGGUAUCACCUGAGUUGGAAAUUGAAGAGUUCAAUGCUAAAGCACCAGGCAAGCCUAUUCAAGUAGUCUAUGUACCCUCACAUCUGUUUCAUAUGCUUUUCGAAUUGUUCAAGAACUCAAUGCGAGCUACAGUGGAGUUACAUGAGGGUAAAUGUGAAAGCUAUCCAUCAGUUAAAACCUUAGUCACUUUGGGUAAAGAAGAUCUAUCAAUAAAGAUAAGUGAUAAAGGUGGUGGCGUGCCACUCAGAAAAAUAGACCGUCUAUUUAACUAUAUGUAUUCAACUGCCCCCAGGCCUAGUUUGGAGCCAUCAAGAGCUGUACCUUUGGCUGGCUAUGGGUAUGGUCUGCCAAUCUCGCGUCUUUAUGCUAGAUACUUUCAAGGAGAUCUCAAACUCUACUCAAUGGAAGGUGUGGGUACUGAUGCUGUAAUUUAUUUGAAGGCUCUUUCCAGUGAAUCAUUUGAAAGAUUGCCAGUUUUUAAUAAGUCAGCCUGGCGGCAUUACAAGACCACUCCAGAAGCUGAUGACUGGAGCAACCCUAGCAGCGAACCCAGGGAUGCUUCCAAAUAUAAAGCAAAUCGAUAACUCACCAAUGUUUUCUAUCUUGGUGGUGACACUUGCAUUCAGAAACGAGUCUCUCCUUUGUUCCAAAUUCCAAAAUCCUGUAAUCCACACUAGUCAAUUGUUUCCCUAGAAAGAUCUGUUAUGGGACUGAAAUAGCAAGAACAGAGGGCAUUUUAAAAGACUGACAUCAUGCAUUUUUGGUGUGUGUUAUUCUAACAACUUUGCCAAAACAUGCUUGGUUAGUUGAGUCACAAGUGACAAAAGGGGUUGCACUGUGACUGCAGUUAGAUUAUACAAUUGUAUAGUAAAAGGGUACUAUUUUUUAAAGAUCAGUAAGAAUCUGUGAAAUUGUUUUGACUCCUUAUUUACACAGCAAUAUAUUGUAACAGACAUAUUCUACUGUAGCUGAAUGUGUGCUUAAAUUCACAUUGCUGCAUUUUUAUAUGAUAUAGUGUAACCCUUCAUUUAAAAAAAAACUAUGGGAGCUUUUCUGGUCUUACCACUAACAUCAGCAUACGUGCUUAGUUCUUCUAAACAUUACUGUGCUUUAAAGCUAUUCUUUCCACAAUUCUAAAAGCUCAUUUCUUCAGUGUUUACCAUACUUUCUUAUAAGGCACUGAAAUUUUCACUUUGCAGUAGCUAUCCUGAAGUGGGUUUUUUUUUUAAGUUAUGGGUUUGCAAAAUGUUUCUCUUAGUAAACCAAAAGUAAUAAAGAACAAUAACACAUUCA